AACUGCAAAAAGAAAAAAAUAAGACUUUCUAAUGCUUCGCCAAGUCUCCGACAGAAGUACAGAGACACCCAUCACUCUCUCAAAAAUCCUAACUAACCUUUUGGUUGAACGCAUAAAACCGGAGCUAAAACCCCAGCAAACCCCUUUGAAUCAACCUGUGUUUGAACAGAAUUAUAAGCCUCCACAGAAUCUAAACCAAUUCUCUUUUGAAGAAAAAUAUAGACACAUUUGUGAGCUUCUUUUAUCCCAAACCCGCUCUAGAUCUCUUUUAAAGGGCCAACAAAUACAUGCCCAUAUCAUCAAAUCAAGCCUUCAAUCAAUCCCUCUUGUCUCUCACCAUCUAAUCAAUUUCUAUUCCAAGACUCAAUUGCCUGUCUUUUCUCUUCAAGCUUUUGAGGAAGCCCAAGAAAAGUCUGCUACCACUUGGAGCUCUGUUAUUUCCUCCUUAGCGCAAAAUGAGCUUCCUUCUCUUGCCAUUGAAUACUUUCGUCAAAUGAUUAUUGAUAAUAUCCGGCCUGAUGAUCAUAUAUUCCCUAGUGCUAUUAAAGCAUGUGCAAUUUUGGGUAGGUGUGAUAUUGGUAAAUCCAUACAUGCAUUUGUGGUCAAAACUGGGUUUGAUGUUGAUGUUUUUGUUGGGAGUUCUACAGUUGAUAUGUAUGGUAAGUGUGGGGAAAUAAAAAAUGCGAGGAAAGUGUUUGAUGAAAUGCCUGAAAGGAAUGUGGUUUCUUGGAGUGGGAUGAUUUGUGCGUAUGCUCUAUUGGGUGAAGAUGAGAACGCUUUGAAGCUAUUUAAAGAAGCUUUAUUAGAGGAUUUGAGUGUGAAUGAUUUUACUUUUUCGAGUGUUAUUAGGGUUUGUGGUAAUUCAACGUUGCUUGAACUAGGGAGGCAAAUACAUGGAUUGUGUUUAAAAACAAGUUAUGAUUCGUCCAGUUUUGUGGGAAGUUCUUUGAUUUCUUUGUAUUCCAAAUGUGGUGUUAUUGAAGCAGCUUCUAGGGUUUUUAAUGAAGCGCCCAUUAGGAAUCUUGGGAUGUGGAAUUCCAUGUUGAUUGCUUGUGCCCAACAUGCACAUACAGAAGAAGUGUUUAAGUUGUUUGACAGAAUGAAAAAUGUUGGGAUGAGACCAAAUUUUAUUACCUUUUUAUGUUUGCUGUAUGCUUGUAGUCAUGGAGGGUUAAUUGACAAAGGCCAGCAAUAUUUUGGGCUUAUGAAGGAUUACGGAAUUGAGCCGGGAGCUCAGCAUUAUGCUACUAUGGUGGACUUGCUUGGUCGUGCAGGGAAAUUGCAGGAAGCACUUGAUAUUAUCAAGGCAAUGCCCAUAGAACCAACAGAAUCAGUGUGGGGAGCGUUUUUGACUGGGUGCCGCCUUCAUGGGGAUGCUGAGUUGGCAGCCUUUGCUGCUGAUAGAAUCUUUGAGUUGGGUCAUGUUAGCUCAGGCAUGAAUGUGUUGUUAUCUAAUGCUUAUGCUGCUGCUGGAAGAUAUGAGGAUGCUGCCAAAGCCAGAAAGAUGCUUAGGGACAGAGGUGUAAAAAAGGAGACAGGUUUGAGUUGGAUUGAGGAAGGUAACAGAGUUCACACAUUUGCCGCUGGGGAUAGGUCUCACGAGAAAGCCAAAGAAAUCUAUCUGAAAUUGGAGGAAUUGGAAGAUGAUAUGGGGAAAGUUGGUUAUGUUGCAGAUACAAGUUUUGUGCUUCAAGAAGUGGAUGGUGAAGAGAAAAGGCAGACAAUUAGAUAUCACAGUGAAAGACUAGCCAUUGCAUUUGGUCUUAUUGCUUUCCCACCUGAUAGGCCAAUCAGAAUUAUGAAGAAUUUGCGUAUAUGUGGUGAUUGCCACACUGCAAUCAAGUUUAUGUCCCAGUGCUCUGGAAGAGUGAUAAUUGUGAGGGAUAAUAACCGGUUCCAUCGGUUUGAAGAUGGAAAAUGCUCGUGUGGUGACUACUGGUGACUGACAUGCUCAAGAUUCUCUUGACUGCAUGAACUUCCGUUUGUUGUUUGUAUAGACUUCUGGGUCACAGAGAUCUAUUUAGCUUCCCAGGAAGUGAAUCAAUUUUUUGAGUUCUUUGUCCAAACUAGAUUAGAGGAAUUUAAACACCAAAAUUCGCCUUACAGUUUGUGAGACAGUAUGCAAUGCAAUAGUGCUUGGCAGGUCUAUUUGGGAACUAAAUUAUGUUGAAAGGUAACAUAGAAGCCCCUUGAAGUGAACUAUAAUUAAAGUUUCUCCUCCACAUCCACAAUAUUUACUAGCAGAAGAUCAAAAUGUUCUUGUCAACGCUUUUAUGCAAAUCCAAACCCAAAUUCAUCUUCUAGAUGUAACAGCUUAAUAGAAAGGCAUAUUUUGGAAAUUUCUGGAUGUAUUCUUGUAUUUACAAGGACUUUGCAAUCAAGGGUUAAAACAUAAAA